AUGUUCCGUCGCGGCCGCACAGACUACAUUUACACUGCUACACAGUCUAGUCAAGAUUUCACUGUUGCCUCCAUGAUGGAUACGAUAAAUGACACUACGGACCUCCCAGUUUCGACGGCAAAACUAUGUUUAAAGGCUGCAGAGGAGUAUCAGGAGGCUGUCAAGCUCGUUAUGCUUGGUAACGGUGUCCAUAAUCAUCUGUUUUCCUUGAAUACAAUAUCGCAUCGCUUGUACGGCCGUACACCGCAGUUGUUUAUGGGUGACGCUUACGCGACUUUGUGCGAACCAAAGCUUGUUAUGGCGGAGUGUAGGUCCCCCGCAGCGAUCGCGUCCUUGCUGGCACCACGCAAUGAGGGCUAUGGAGUAUCGUACACGCGUGUUGGUAAUACCUUAGUAUUAAUGAUAUCGACCUGGAAGAACCUUCAUAGUCCUCAAAGCUCGGCGACAGACUUUACAGAAGCUCUGAUUCGCUCAAUCAAUGAUGUCUUCAACUUACUUUGGAACUCCACAAAAUGA